AACAAAAUACAAUUAAUAAGAAUAGGCAGUUAGGCAUAGCCCCAUCAUCCCUAUCUUCUUUAUUCAUUCAUCAUUCUUCUUUUCACUUUCAAUGCAAAAAUCUUUAUUUUAUUUUCACCUGAGUCCCUUUUUUUCUUCUCAACUGAAUUUGUUCAUAUUAAAAAUUGGAUUUUUAGUAUUUUUCUUCAUCUGGGUUGAAGAAUUAUUUGGCUUCUGAAGAAAAAAAAGGAAAAAUUCUUGACUGUCUGUGGAAAAUUUUAAGUGGGUUUUGAUUGAAUCGAGAAAAAGACUCGAACUUUGCAGAUUACAAUUAUUUUUCUAUGCGAAAAUGUGGAUCUUGUAAAGAUAUUGAUUUAAUCGAGAAAAAAGAAAAAAAAAACUGAAAAAGUGAUUAUUUUUUUUAUCAGCUUCAGGUGGAUCAACUUUUAGAAGAAGAAGAAGCUUAAAAAGAAGGUUAAUGAUGAUGCCUUUGCUGCCUGAAAAUUUAGUACAGAAUCUAUGGAUGAUUCUGUUUCUGUUGUUUAGCAGUAAUCAAGGACCUAUCUAGCAGUGACACUUCAUAUUGAAGGCAUUUGUGGCUGCAAUGUAUUACAGAUAUAUGAGUUCUGGUAGAGUCCAAUAUGUUCGAGUUUCAUAGAGUCCGUGUGUAGCUGAGUGGAGUGAAUGCUGUAUUCGGAUAUAUAAAAAACACAUCAUUAAAAGUGGAAGAGGUUGUUCUUACUUUUAAUCUCAUUUAAGUGUAUCAAAAUGGGGAUUCAGUGCUCCAGCUUGGUACCAUGCUGUGUGGAUUCACAAGUUAAAGCAUCUGUUCCUGAAGUUCCAGAUGCUGAAAACGAGAAUAGAAUUGAGACCAACGAUGGACCUUCAUUUCGGGAAUUUACGUUGGAGCAACUUAAUAAUGCAACGUCCGGUUUUAAUGUUGAGAAUAUAGUUUCUGAACAUGGAGAAAAGGCUCCAAAUGUUGUUUAUAAAGGGAAGAUGGAGAAUCAAACGAGGAUUGUUGUUAAGAGGUUUAAUAGAAGUGCUUGGCCCGAUGCUCGUCAGUUUUUGGAGGAAGCUAGAUCGGUUGGUCAGCUUCGCAGCGAAAGAUUGGCAAAUUUGCUUGGUUGUUGUUGUGAAGACGAUGAGAGGUUGCUUGUGGCUGAAUAUAUGCCAAACGAAACACUUGCGAAACACCUUUUCCACUGGGAUUCUCAACCGAUGAAAUGGGCAAUGCGACUUAGAGUUGUUCUACAUCUUGCAGAAGCUCUAGAAUACUGCACAAGCAACGGUCGUGCCCUCUAUCAUGACCUUAAUGCAUAUAGAGUUCUAUUUGAUGAGGACGGUAAUCCUAGGCUUUCAAGUUUUGGCCUUAUGAAGAACAGUAGGGACGGAAAAAGUUAUAGCACAAAUUUGGCAUUUACUCCUCCAGAGUAUCUCAGAACUGGGAGAGUAACACCAGAAAGUGUAAUAUAUAGCUUUGGCACUCUUUUGCUUGACCUUCUUAGUGGGAAGCAUAUCCCUCCCAGUCAUGCCCUUGAUUUGAUUCGCGACAGAAAUAUUCAAAUGCUCACAGAUUCUUGUCUGGAAGGACAAUUUUCUGAAGAUGAUGGAACUGAGUUGGUGCGGUUGGCAUCUCGUUGUUUACAGUAUGAACCUAGAGAACGACCUAAUACAAAGUCGUUAGUGGCUGCUUUGGCUCCUCUUCAAAAAGAAACAGAGGUUCCUUCUCACUCAUUGAUGGGUAUCCAACAUAGUGCUACUAUUUCGGCUUCGUUGUCCCCACUUGGCGAUGCAUGUUCAAGAAAGGACUUGACUGCCAUACACGAAGUUCUCGAAAAUAUUGGUUAUAAAGAUGAUGAUGGAGUGGCAAAUGAGUUAUCUUUCCAAAUGUGGACGGAUCAAAUGCAGGACUCACUAAAUUGUAAGCAAAAAGGAGAUGCUGCGUUCCGGCACAAAGACUUCAAACUUGCAAUAGAGUGCUACACACAGUUCAUUGAUGUUGGAACAAUGGUUUCUCCAACUGUACAUGCACGUCGCAGCUUGUGUUAUCUCAUUAACGACAUGCCUCAAGAAGCAAUGAACGAUGCCAUGCAAGCACAAGUAAUUUCCCCUCUAUGGCACAUUGCGUCUUAUCUUCAAUCUGUUUCUUUGUCUGGGCUAGGGAUGGUGAACGAAGCGCAAGUCGCACUUAUGGAGGGAACAACACUGGAAGAGAAGCGAAACACACCUACAGGAAAAAAGUGAAGAGUUUGUACAGAGAAUCUAUUGUUGAUUGUGUUUUCUGCAUCAUGAUCUGCAUCGGUUAUAAUUUUCAUCAUGUGUUUGAAAAAUUCUUGAAGAGAGAUGAUUUGAUGAGUGAGUUGGUAACAUCCCUCCCCCUUUUUAUUGGGUAGGCUUGGAUGUUGUUUGUUUAGUUCUACUAUGAUUUGAUUACAAGAGCAUGAAUAGUAUUUAUUUGUUUAUCCAACAGGAAAAUAAUGUGAUAAUGAAAAUGUUAGGAACUUUUCUCUUGGUAUAUGGAAGAAUUCCUAAAGUUGGACAGAAUUGAAUAAACAGAAGAAUAAUAAUUCUUACUA